GUUUGCGAGAGACAGAUGAAGUUUUCCCACCGGGUUCCUAUUGGUACAGACGGGUGGCGGAUGGCUACACAGGUCGCCAGGUGGACAAUGGAGAUUCGAAGUUUAGUGUCGUUGAGCCCAUCGCUGAGCCUAUCAGCAUGUCACUCAAGAGACUCAAAUCAGUUCGCAAGGUGGUGUCCGCCGCAGAUCAGUGGAUGCGCGCGAGUUCAAACGUGGGCGGACAGUACAACGUCAAACUCUCUCAUGUUUCGGCUCAAAACCUAUACUCUUCUGAAUUUUUCUUCGCCGGAGCUGGUCUUCACUUUAUUCUUUUUCUUUCAUUUUUCAAUUCAUCACUUCAUCAAAUGCAUAUCCACAUCUGGUGGUCCCCGCUGGCGUUCUGUGUUGCUGUCUCUACAGGUCAUCUACUCUUGUCAAAGGCAUCUGACAGCAUCGAAGAGCGCUCUAUAAACCAAAGGCAGCUUGUCGUAUCGAGAAGUAAUCAAGACCAUGGCCUCAUCCCAGGAGAACUGGAGAAACGAGUGAUCUCACGCGUCAAAUCGACAUUCAAAUCUACCCCUGCACCAGUCAACAAGAUACCCACUCCCAAAGCUACUUCAAAGGCCGCAACACCCGUUCGGAAGGUGGUUUCUGCAAAGGCCGCAGCGAAGCAACCUGCCAAGAAGGCUGCUACUCAGGGCAAGUCUAAUGCUAGUCCUCGAAAGCCAGCACAGAGAAAGAUGUCCGUCCCAAGGGCGGCAAAAGCUGCAGCCAACAGGAGAUCUGGGGGCAAAUCAUCAGCCAAAGCCAAGAGACCCACUCAGAGAUCUCGCAAGGGACCUUUGAACAAGAGCAAUACCUCCAAACCACCUAAUGCUCCGGCAUACAAAGCUAGCAAGGGUGUCGCCGCCAAGUCUCGUAAAUCUUCUGUCUCCAGGUCCAAACCCCGGAAAUCGUCUGCCACCAACACAGCCAAAUCAGUCUCCAAGCCCAAGCCAAAGAAAGUCAAGCAAUUCAAAGCGAGUAAAUCCCCUUCUAGAGCCCGCAAAGGUGGUACUGCCAAGCCCCGCAAGGCUACGGAUAAGAAAGCUGCCGCCAAACCCGGCAAAAAGCUAUCGCCCAAACGGCUGUCAUCCAAAAAGCCAUCGUUCAAGAAGGUUGCGUCAGUGUCUCGCAAGGCAGUUGCAUCCAAGUCUUGCGCGGGCUCUGCUACCAAGGACAACAAGAAGGCUCCCUCGAAAUCCAGAAAAGGAGCUCUCUCCAAGACUAAUUCUCAAUCUCGCAAAGGAUCUAGGACCAAGGCCGGAAAGAGUGCUAUCUCACGGGCUCGUAAAUUCGCGUCGUCAAAGCCCCGCAAGGAUGUUACCUCAAAAUUUAAGAAGACGACCCUCUCGAAAUCACACAAAUCCGCAAACUCUAGACCUCGCAAUGGGGUGGCACCCAAGGCAGGAAAGAAGUCUGUCUCGAAAUUGCGCAAGGCAACCAGACCUAAGGCCAGAAAGAAUUCUUCGUCCAAGUCUCAUAAAACUUCUACGUCUAAGGCACGCAAAAAUAGGCUGUCCAAAUCUAGGAAGGUGGCUACCUCCAAGCCCG